UACAUUAUUAAUUAUGCGUAUUAAAUCAACAAAUCCUCUUGUUGUUGGUGGUGUAAUUGGAGAGGUUUUGGACCCCUUUACAAGUUCAGUGUCUUUGAGAGUCGUUUAUGACAAUAACAAAGAAGUCAUCAACAGUGGUGAGCUCAAACCCUCCCAAAUAAUCAACUCACCAAGAGUUCAAGUUGGUGGAAAUGACCUCAGGACCCUGUAUACUCUGGUGAUGGUGAAUCCUGAUGCACCAAGCCCUAGUGACCCGAAUAUGAGGGAAUACCUGUAUUGGAUGGUAACCAAUAUUCCAGCGACUACAGGGACAACUUUCGGACAAGAGAUAGUGAGUUAUGAAAGUCCAAGACCAGCAUCAGGGAUUCAUCGUGUGAUAUUUGUGUUGUUUAGGCAACCUUGUAGGCACACAGUAUUAGCUCCUGGAUGGAGACAAAAUUUCAUUACAAGAGAUUUUGCUGAAUUUUACAAUCUUGGAUUACCUGUUGCUGCUCUCUAUUUCAAUUGUCAACGAGAAAAUGGUUCUGGUGGAAGGAGGAUGGUCAUUUAACAAAUAGUAUAAACAUUUGUUCACAAAAAAAUCCAAAUAUAUCCCUGUCCUUCAAUAUAAAAUAUACACUAAGCAAAAAAUGUCAUGUCAUCAUGUCGUAACUAUUAUUAUAACAACUUCAGUAAAAUAAACUCCUUUCAAAUAUGAAAAA